AUGGAUACUAUUGCUGUAAAUUGUUUAGUUGAAGGUGAAGACCCUCUUAAAGACGUUUUUUUGAUCAGAAUUGAUAAGAAUGUGUUAGUAUAUGAUCUCAAAACUGCUAUUAGAGCGAAAAACCAAAAUAAGUUUGCAAAUGGUGAUACAACAGAUCUACAUUUGUGGAAAGUAGAUAUCUUGCUUGAUAAACCCAGUGAAGAGUUGACAGUACUUAAAAACAAAGAACGUGCCGUAAUUAAAGAAUGCUUAAAUGGAAAAAUGCUUUAUCCAUUGCAGAAAAUUACCAAGCUUUUCUCUGAAGUUCCAAAAGAAAAUCACCUUAGUAUCAUUGUUGAACGUCCACCGAUUCUAGAUGUAAUUCAAGUAUUUUCAAUUAAAAUUUCGCUUGGGAGGCAACACAAGUCGUUUACUUGGACUGUGGACCUAUCUAAAGCAUCACUAAAUAAUAUAAAGCAAAAAAUUCUCAACAUCCUUCCUUUGCCGCAAGAUAUGACAGCAGAUAUUUUGACGUUACAUUUUAGCAAAGAGAAUGACAAAAGCUCUGAAGAACUGGAAUUUAAAAAUGAUAAAUAUUUCCAAAUAUAUCUCAAACAAUAUGUCAAGGCUUCAUCUUUGUCGCUUAAAGUCCAAGUAUAUACAUUACAAAAAGCAUUUUCUGAAUGGAAACUUGGAGCGGUUUGUGAGCUAUUCGAAUUGCCAUCUGACUUCCAAGAAUUUUCCAAGUUCAGAUGUGGAAUCGAUGAUCUUAAAGAUCAAAAAGCAAGCGAGUUACUUGAACAUCUCCUUAAAGAUCUUAAGCUCCGUCGUGAAGCCAUUAGUGAAAACUUAGAAGCCAUUAAGAGCAAGUUUGUAGAACCAUUUCUCGUGAUAGCAACGUCGCUAUUCGAUGGGAAGGUUAAACUAUUUCCAGAACAUGACGUCCAAGGAAAAUAUGGGCGAGGAUCACUGGAUUUCUGUUUAUAUUUAAAAGAAAUAAUCGUCGGCGUUGUGGAGGUGAAAAAAGAAGACUUUAAUCAAGGCGUGGCGCAAACUGCUAUGCAACUUUAUUGUUCACUUGAGAAAAAUAUGAAACGAAAGCGUAGCGAAAUGGAAGCAGAAAAUUUGUUCAUUGACAAGGCAUACGGAAUUGUUACAGAUAGUCGUUUGUGGUAUUUUAUCGAAUGUGUUGUGAAUGAAGAUGAUAAACCGAAAUUUAGCAUUGAUUCGAAGCAAGGAGUCAUAAUUGACUGGGGUGAGAAGACAGUACCAUUGGAGAAUGGAGUACGUGUAGUUUUGGGUCAUAUUGUUUGGCUGUUGAAAGAGGCGGAAAAGUUGAUUGAAUCAAAAUUAUCGGAAAAAAAGAGGCGGAUUGCAACAUAUUAA